GAUCCGUCCCCAGUCACGCGAGAUUUGUGUUUACGGGUGUAGAAAACAGUCAUGGCAGCAUUCAAGAGAAAACGUGGAGGACAGGGUCCUGUUGAUAAAAAGUCAAAGAAAGUGAAAUUUGUUGCGGAUGAAACUGAGGCACCAAGUGAGAAUGAACCAGAGAAGAAGAAUGAAGUCACAGUUCCAGCACCGGUGUCGGCGGGCAAAUGGACCAACAAGGAAAGAGUCCUCAUUUUCUCCUCCAGAGGCAUCAACUUUAGAACAAGACACUUAAUGCAAGACCUAAGGACCAUGAUGCCUCAUGCCAAAGCAGACACAAAAAUGGACAGAAAGGACAAGUUGUUUGUAAUCAACGAGGUUUGUGAAAUGAAAAACUGCAACAAAUGCCUCUUUUUUGAGGCCAAGAAAAAGCAGGACCUAUACAUGUGGAUUGCAAAUACACCACAUGGACCUUCUGCAAAGUUUCUAGUUCAAAACAUCCAUACACUGGCAGAGUUGAAAAUGACUGGUAACUGCCUGAAAGGAUCCAGACCUCUGCUGUCAUUUGAUCCAAAAUUUGACAAAGAUCCUCAUUUCGCUGUAUUAAAGGAGCUCUUUAUUCAGACAUUUUCCACUCCACGUUACCAUCCAAAGAGUCAGCCCUUUGUGGACCAUGUCUUCACCUUCACCAUUGCAGAUAAAAGGAUAUGGUUCAGAAACUACCAGAUUAUUGAGGAAGAUGGCUCUCUGGUGGAGAUUGGACCUCGCUUUGUUCUCAACCUCAUUAAGCUCUUUCAAGGAAGCUUUGGAGGACCAACACUUUAUGAGAACCCAGACUUCAAGUCUCCCAACAUGCAUCGCCGAGAGAUCCGUCUUGCUGCAGCAGCCAAAGUCCGUGAGAGGCAGAUGGUGAAGGAGCUGCACAAAAUCAAGAAGAGCGAAGCGAAGGAGGAUUUGGACAAAGACGUCACAGCAGAUGUCUUCGUGACACCUGCCGAGGAAAAGCCUGUUCACAUCGAAACAGAACCACCGCAGUUCAAAGAGAAAAAGAAGAAGUUGUGUGGUUUCAAAAGACAGAGGAUGGCACGCAGGUAGCUCCAUGGACUGUCGUCAUGAAACGCCACUGCCACGAUUCAUUCUCAGUACAGACUGUGGUUCUGCAAAAGUGCAGUCAAACCUGGUGUAGGAAAAAAUGCUGUUUUUGUUCAGUGAAACAUCUUGUGAUUAAAAACGUCUUUGAAGAUUUGCCAACAUUUACUCAACUUUGUUUAAUAAAAAUAAUUCUUUAA